AUGACCCUACCUUCUCAAUCAUCGCUUCCGUCUACCAAUCCUUUACAUUUAUACCGUCAUACGCUUCGUUACCUUCGCUCACCCACACUACCAUUUCGAUAUCUAUCUCCAAAGCUUUGUUAUAACGCAAGAGAAUUAUUUGAAAUUCAUCGUAACGAACAAGAUCCGAAAAAAAUUCAAGAUUUGGUAACUUGGGGAUGGCAAGAUUUGGAAUUUUUAAAAGCUUGGAAAUUUGUUGAAAAGGAAAUUUUAAAUGAAAUCUUUAGAGGAUACGG